UCUGGAGGUUGAAGCUCUCAGCAGAUGUUCAGCAGCUGGAUUAUUGCUCCACCCGACUCCUCAGAGUGUCCUCGUCUCCUCGUCUCCUCUCUCCUUCAUGAUGAGGACCGAGAGGCUGAACUUCCUCCAGCCGAUAUUCAACUUCCGGAGGAGCCCAAGGGUUCGGGCCACCGGCGCCGGCGCCACCACCAACGCCACCGCCACCACCAACGCCAAUGCCGGCCAGGAGGCGGAGCCCCCAAACGACGUCCUCUCCUACUGCCAGAUGCUGGAGGCACGGCGCUGGUGUGACGCCGGCCGGCUGCUGAUCGACAGCGAGGAGCGCCUGUUCAGGGAGGAGGAGGAGGAGGAGGGGGGGGAGGAGAAGGAGGCGCAGCAUGAGGCGCAGGUCAACGCCCUCGCCACAGACCGCGGUGCCCUGCAGGCCCUGGUGCUGCAGACCCUCAGCCGGUCCCUCGGCCCGGACCAGGCUGGCUCGCGUGCGGCGCUAGCCUCCGCCGUGAGGGCCGUGACCCAGGAGGAGGACCAGGACCGGCGGUGGACCCAGAGGGGGCGGACCCCUCCGGCGUGGAGGCCCGGCGGCUGGAGGGCGCUCCACGACUCGGCGCUGCGCGGCCUGGUGGAGGAGCGGAUGGACAGCCCCCUCAAGGCCUCCGCCCCUCAGCCGGGCCGGUCCUCCAUCCAGGAGGGCAUAUGCUCCAUGGGCCGGCAGCUGAGGGAGGACCUGCUGCACGUGGCCCGCGUGGUGAGGGGCUGCUACCCCCCCCACAUGGACAUCUGCAACCUCUACGCCCGCCUCUACCACCACGCCUUCAGCGCCCACGUCACCAAGGUCGCGGACUUCGGUCUGGAGGACCAGGACUGCACCUUCCUCCUGCAGUGGGUCCACCAGUACUACCCACAGGUCCUCCAGAAGCCGGAGCUAUCCUCUGAGAUGGACGUGGACUCGUUGGGGAAGCUGCUGCCUGAAGAGCUCCUGAGACCUCUGGAGGACCAGUACCUGAGCAAACAGCAGGCCGAGCUCACCACGUUCGUCGGCCGCAUCCUGGAGGAAGCCCGGCAGAGCUGGAUCAAAGGGGAGGAGCCGAUCAGAGAGGACGGCUACUUCGUGAGCCCCGUCGCCUACGACGUCAUUCAGCUCAUCAACGGCAUGGUGACCUCGGCUGAGAAGGUGGUGGGAGACCUGCACAAGGCCCAGAGCAUCACCAGCCAGCUGGAGGGGCUUCUGCAGAGGUUCCAGAUGUUCCAGGAUGAAAUAAUGAAGCAGAACCGGCCCAACAGCCGGCCAGCCGUGAAGGCCCACCUGGGCUGCAUCCAGCAGUUCAGGGACGUCCUCCAGAAGAAGAGCCAUCUGUUCGGACGGGAAGUCCAGCAGAGCUGCCUGCAGCUGAUGGCCCACAUGGAGAGCUCCGCCCACCUCUACCUGCUGAAGCCCGUGCACGCGGCGCUCAAGCCCCAGUACCGCAAACUGGGAACCAAUGACUGGUUCAAGAAGCCUCUGUUUGAGAAGAUGCUGCCCGCCAUCGAGGAAGAGCUCCAGGGUCUUCAGGGUUCCAUCGGAUGCUGCCACCAGGAGCUGGUGGGCCGGCUGCACCAGGAGGUGACGGUGGAGUACGUGAGGAGGCUCCUGAGGGGCCAGGUGAAGCUGAGGGACAAGGAGGAGCAGCUGAAGGCCUCGGCCACCAUGAAGGACCAGGCCGAGAGCCUGCACCACCUGUUCCUCAAGAUGGGGUCCCAGGAGGUCCACCUGAAGGACAUCCUGACCAACAUUGCAGAGGUUCUGAAGCUGCAGGACCUGCCGGCCAUCCAGGUGCAGGUCGCCUCUCUGGGGGCGGAGCACCCCGACCUCAGUGAGAACCACGUGUCUGCUCUCCUGAAGCUGAAGACCACCCUCUCCAAAGCCGACAGGAAGAUGAUCAGAGACAUCCUGUUGGACUCUAGAGGUCCUCAGAGCGAUGGAGUCGCCGUCCGGCCCUUCUUCUCUGGCGUCCUGAUCAAGUGACCCGUGAACUGGUCCCAGGUCAGCUGAAGGGACCCGUGAGCUGGUCCCAGGUCAGCUGUAGGGACCCGUGAGCUGGUCCCAGGUCAGCUGUAGGGACCUGUGAGCUGGUCCUAGGUCAGCUGAGUGAUGGAUGAGUUCCUGUUGAAGGUCACAGUGUCGCUGGUUGACACAAUGUUUUUCACUGACACAAGUAUGUGUGUAUAAUUAUAUGAUAGUGUAUUUUAGGUAUAAAGCCAUUCUUAUAGUUUGUCCAUUUUUUAUUUUUAGAGUUUUAUAUUUGUAUGUCACGUGAUCUCACGUCUUGAGAGAAAAUGUUGAAUUUAAGUCCAUAAACAAAUAAAUGUGGUGAAACCGA